GCAUCAGUGGCGCAUCUUAGCCCCUUUUUUCCCCUUUUUUGCCAAUAUUCAUUCAUCACGGCUCUCCUUCAAACUCCAGAAAAAAAAAAUCGUAUGUUGUUUAUCCAGUUCAAUUUUCUAGAAUUCCCAAUCAGCUGUGUCUUCGAAUACAGGGUUUUGCUUGAAGGUUUGACCACCUGGUUUGACUAUUUGUAGCAAAAUUCAAAAUGUUUUUUGAUGGAUAUGGAUAUCAUGGGACGUCAUUUGAGCAGACGUAUCGGUGUUACCCUGCAUCAUUUAUUGAAAAGCCUCAAAUUGAAAGUGGUGAUAAAAUCAUAAUGCCUCCCUCAGCCCUUGACCGAUUAGCUUCUCUUCAUAUUGAUUAUCCAAUGUUGUUUGAGCUCCGGAAUGAUGCAGCUGAGCGGAUCUCUCACUGUGGGGUUCUGGAGUUUAUAGCAGAAGAAGGCAUGAUUUAUAUGCCAUACUGGAUGAUGGAGAACCUCCUCUUACAAGAGGGAGAUAUAGUGCGAGUGAAAAAUGUGACUCUUCCAAAGGGGACAUAUGUUAAAUUACAACCUCACACGAAAGACUUUUUGGAUAUUUCCAACCCAAAAGCUAUCCUGGAGACAACAUUAAGGAAUUAUUCCUGCUUAACCACUGGAGAUAGUAUCAUGGUUGCAUAUAACAACAAAAAGUAUUACAUAGAUAUCGUUGAAACAAAGCCUUCAAAUGCAAUAAGUAUCAUUGAGACAGACUGCGAAGUAGACUUUGCACCUCCCCUUGAUUACAAGGAACCAGAAAGAACUACUCCAUCUAUUCCUCAGAAAAAGGCAACAGCCCAAGUUGAAGAGGUUCCUGAAGAGACUGAACCAAAGUUCAAUCCAUUUACUGGGGUAGCGAGACGCUUGGAUGGGAAACCUCUAAAGCAACAGCCUUUCCCAGUUUCUUCACAAGGGUCCAAAGACAAACAAGCUGCUGUCCCCAGUGGUAGGGGACAGCCUUCCCUGGAAUCUAGUUCACAAAACUCUGCACGUCAGUCUCAAGGAAAACUUGUGUUUGGUUCAAAUGUCAACCGUGCACCCAAGGAAACUCAGAAGGAAGUUGCAAAAGAGACAAAACCAGAGCAAAGCCAAAAGAAUGAGGAACCCAAGUUCCAGCCAUUUACAGGAAGAAAGUACUCAUUGAAGGGUUAAUUAUACUGUCCAACGAUUGAUGGCUUGAACUUAUUUAUGCUUCGCCUAUCCUUACUGGAUCAGGUAAAAACAAUAGGAUUGUGUAUUAAUCCUAUGUUGUAUUAUCCAAAGAUAACUAGGUUCUGACAAGAAGGAAGGAGUAAGAUCUCUUGUUUGACAUGAUUGUCAAAGCUUCAUGUCACUUGCAUUUGUGCUUUUUUGUGUGCAUCCAUACUAAAUAGAGAAUUUCCGAUACUUUUCUUA